AUUUCACUUUCUUUCCAUUUGCACCAUCAAUCAUCAUUAUCGUCAUCUAUCCUCCUCUAUCUUACUCCACAAUGGAGUGCUGCUAUCAUACCUUCGCCGCCAACCCCAAUUCUCCUUAUACUUCCCUUCCCAAAGCCCUAACUCAUCCCCAGGGAAUUCCUUCAUCUGCUAAAACAUUUCCAGGUCAUGUGUUGCUUUCACCCGCUCUCUCAAAGCAAUUCCGUCUGAAGUCUCUUGUUUAUCAGCAAUCCUCAUAUAAAGGGGGGCUUGUUCUUGCACAAGCUGAAAAGCAAUCUUGGGAUUUUGGUAGAUUUCUCAAGACAUUGUAUUUCUUCAAUGGACCUCCAUCUCCUGCCAAGUUCAUUGAAUCUAUGAUUGAGAAACUAUCGAAUCCUUCACCGAUUGAACCAGUAAGACCUAUGGGCAACACUGGGAUUGUUCUAGUUACAGGAGCAACAGGCGGUGUAGGGAGGCGAGUAGUUAACAUACUGCGAGAAAAAGGAUUACAAGUUCGAGUUUUGGUUAGAAACAUAGAGAAGGCAAGAAGCAUGCUAGGCCCAGAUGUGGAUAUGGUUGUUGGAGAUGUCACAAAUGAGAGCACUUUGAUACCUGAGUAUUUUAAAGAUGUGAAGAAAGUCAUUAGCACGAUUUCAGUCAUUGUAGGUCCUAAAGAAGGGGAUACUCCUGAUAGGGAGAAAUACAGCCAAGGGAUCAAAUUCUUCGAACCGGAGAUAAAAGGUGCUUCUCCUGAAAUGGUAGAGUAUAUUGGGAUGAAAAACUUGAUUAAUGCUGUGAAAGAAAGUAUUGGUCUACAAAGUGGAAAACUAAUAUUUGGAUUGGAAGGUAAUUUAUCAAGAGAACUUAUUUGGGGAGCUUUGGAUGAUGUUGUGAUGGGAGGAGUUAGCGAGAGUACGUUCCAGAUUGAUCCAAUGGGCAGCGAAAAUGGUGGACCUAGUGGCCUUUUCAAAGGUGUUGUUUCAACCACAAAUAAUGGUGGGUUUACCAGUAUAAGAACAAAGAACUUUUCAGUAGCUGAAGAUCUUUCUGCAUACGAUGGCUUGGAAUUGCGUCUUAAAGGUGAUGGUAGACGAUAUAAACUUAUAGUCCGCACCAGUCGUGAUUGGGAUACAAUAGGCUACACAGCAGGAUUUAAUACAGUAGAAGGCCAAUGGCAAUCAGUACAUGUGCCAUUUUCUUCAUUGAAACCAAUAUUUCGAGCAAAAACUGUGAUGGGUGCACCUCCUUUUGAUCCAAGUGGCAUCAUUUCAUUGCAGCUCAUGUUUAGUAAAUUUGAAAGUGACGGAAAGCUGAAUCCGACAUUCAAGGAAGGUGCAUUUCAGCUUCCGGUAUCAAGAAUACGUGCAUAUAUUAAAGAUCCAAUCACACCUAGGUUUGUGCACGUAAGUUCUGCUGGAGUGACCCGACCUGAAAGACCUGGACUUGAUUUGAGUAAGCAACCCCCUGCUGUCCGUUUGAACAAAGAAUUAGGCUCUAUUCUCACAUUCAAGUUAAAGGGUGAGGACUUAAUACGAGAAAGUGGAAUUCCAUAUACUAUUGUUAGACCAUGUGCAUUAACUGAGGAGCCUGCAGGAGCUGAUCUCAUUUUUGAUCAAGGAGAUAACAUCACGGGAAAAAUUGCAAGGGAGGAAAUUGCCCGAAUUUGCUUGGCUGCCUUAGAUAGCCCACACGCUUGCAACAAGACAUUCGAGGUCAAGAGUGUUAUUCCAUUUAGCGAGCAAUUCACAGUUGACCCAAAAAAUUCUCCACCGGAGAAAGAUUAUAAUGUUUAUUUCAAGACACUUAGAGAUGAAAUUACAGGUAAAGAGGCAUUGACACAAACUCGUGUCUCCGUAUGAACAUAUAUCUGUUUUUGACAAUAAUGUAUAUAUAGAUCUGUUUUGACAAUAAUUGACUGAUAAUUUUAGUAUAUAUGGAGCAAAAUGCGACGAGUAUAAUAUGAUAAAACGUCUGUAUAUAACUUAGAAAAAGGCUCUAUAAUAAUUAAUAAACUAAGCAUAAUCUAUAAAGUGGAUUUUUUUCCAUUUGUACAGAAACUUGAUAACAUCUUUCUUUAAUCAUGUUGCUGAUUGGUUGUUACUAUUCAGGAUGUCUUUGU